AGCCAGCGUGGGGAUUGCCAUUUUGGUUGGUCGGGCGAAAGGGUCUUGUUUCUUGGCUUUCGGGCUUCUGGUGUCAGCCGAGAACUGCAAGGUUGAGUUUAGGCGCGACAGAAGCGUGUGGCUGUUAUUAAUAUGCUCCCGGAUGCCCUCCUCGUCAUCGUCCCUGCUUGGACUUACUUUCUCCCCGUUCCUUAUUUCUACAUACGCUGCACACUGUCACAGUUCGACACGAACAUAUCAGCUCCGCACCUGCAUCCACAACUCACUGUAUCUGCAUCUGGCAACUACCAGCAAAACCCGGCGCUGCCGCAAACAACCACCACCACCACCACCACCACGCCAGCAACCUACACCUGGAGCGAUUGCACAUAAAGCAAACGACCUUUACGCUCGCAACUACAGCUUUUCUACAAAUCUUCAGCCAUAUCUCAGACUUCACCCCCCACACAUACAUAUCCAGAGACCAUGGCCUCCACAGCGACUCUCUCCCGCACUGCCGCCGCCCGCCGGGUCCUCGCCACCACCGCUAGCACUUUGUUGUGGUGGUGAUGAAUCACAUUCGCCAUUCGCCCUUGAUGGUUGUAGGCGCGUGAAAGCUGGGUGUCCUGAGUUGAACUCUCCCAUCCCAGGCUCCCUUUUCUUUGUUACGAACAGUCUGAUUGAAGGUGGCUUCUGAACAGAGAUAAGAGGGAAAUGACAUGCCUCUCGGCCUCUCGGUGAGAGGGGGCAUGAUUGUCGUGGGGCUGUUAACGAAGCGUUGAAUUGAAUAUAUAUCCCCUCAAGAAUUGCCGUUAUCCAUUACAGUGGGAGGCACAAUAACUUCGACUGGUGCCAGUUUCUUCGUAUCCACCCGUGAAUCUCUCAGGGCACCCUGUUAUCAUUGUCAUGUCUCUGUGAUCUACGCCAAGUUCCAGGCCGCUUCAUAUCGCUCUCGCUUGUUGAAUCAUGAGCGAGAUAUCGUUGGGGAGCGCAAAGGCCGCUAUGAGUCGCGAUUCAUUUGCGCAUCUCACAGGCUAACGCGUGUCAAAGGAGUG